UUGGAAUGCGAAAAAACAAUAUAUAUUAAAAUUAUAUAUCAAUACACUGUACGAAUAUAUGCAGUAGUCCCCACAUAAUCACUCUAAAGAAGUGGUCACACUGGCCGCCAAAAUGUCGUUGCCUUCGCAGUUUUUGAAGAAUUUGAAACGUUUCCGGCUGGUAACCUUCGAUGUAACGGAUACACUGCUACGCCUGGAGAACCCGCUGCGACAAUACCAUGAAACGGCAACGGAAUGUGGCAUCACCGACCUGGACCGCAACCAGCUGGAGCGAUGUUUCCGCCAAAGCUUUUCGGCCAUGAGCCGGGAAUAUCCGAACUUUGGCCGACUCUCGCCGGGAUUGGGCUGGCAGAACUGGUGGCUGGAGCUGGUGGCCCGCACAUUCACCUGCGCCAGUCCGGGAGUGUCCACCGAGCAGCUGGAGACGAUUGGCCGUCGCUUGAUCACCAUUUUCCGCACCAGCAAGUGCUGGGGUCACAUUGAGGGCGCCCAGGAGCUGGUGCAGUGCGUCCGACAAGCCGGCAAGCAUGUGGGUGUGAUCUCCAACUUUGAUCCGUCCCUGUCCCAGGUUCUGGCCGCCAUGGGCUUUGCGGACAAGUUCGAUUUCGUACUGACGUCCUACGAGGCGGGCGUUAUGAAGCCGGACACCGGCAUCUUCAAAAUCCCCCUCCAGAGACUCAACAUCCGGCCGGAACAGGCCCUGCACAUCGGCAACAAGAUGGACAUGGACUACACGGGUGCCAGGAACAGCGGCUGGAGUGGAUUGCUGAUAGCCGGCGAACGAACAGAUCUUGCCAAGCAUUCGUUUAGCAGUCUAUCCGAUCUGCUGAAAGCUCUGGAGACGAAGGAGAUUGCUUGGUGACCUCCAGAGUAGGAUCUGGGAUUCCGAAAGGACAACCAAACGGUG